GACAUGGUUUUGGUCCAAUGUGGAGCGGCUGCUGUCUGACUUGGAUGGCAAGUUGCAGGUGCAGGAGCAAGAGCUGGAGAAGUUCAUGCAAAGCUCCAAGAGGCUGGAGCACGUGGUGCAGAACGUCCACCUCAAGUUCUUUGAGAUCGCGCCGGCGGGUCAAGAAUUCUUCAAGGAGUCCAAGACUCGAAUGUAUCACAUAGCCGAACGCACACUGGAACUCACUUUGUCGAUCCACCGUGAGCCAAAAGAAACUGUGGAUCAACUGUCCUCUCUGGGUCUCAGACAUGUGGGUAUGUCAAUCCCAGUGGAAUUCUUUCCUCCCUUUGUGCAAGCUGCCGUCGAAGCUCUCCAGGAGGUGACGAGUGAUGAGAUGGUGGUGAAUGCCUUUCGCUGGUCAGUCACGCUGAUUGGCAAGAUCCUGUCUCGCACAGUUACGGAAGGCUCCACUUUGGUCAUGCGCGCGAUCACCCUGAACGAGCGCCUGGCGCUGCAGAAGGCUGUGGCGCUCACGGCGCGGAGCCAACGGGCCUCGCAGCUGCUGUAUGUCACAGUCGGCACUCGCUCGAUCUCUCCCCUGCUCUGGGCCAUUGAAAAUGCUUCCCUCACAGCUGCGGACGCCAUUCUUCAGGACUUGCUGACAAUUCGCGCAGACCGUCACAACUAUUACUAUGGCUGUGACGCCCUGUUUGCACGACAUCCGGACAUCAUCCAACUGCUCAUUGACCGGGCACGACCUUUGAUGCCGACCUUGCUGGAUGGGUUGAUUUGGAGAUCCCGCUAUGCAGUGGAAGGCAAAAGACGUGUGAAUUACUAUGUGAAACAUUUGAUUGAAGAUAGCGAAGGCAACUUCAACCAAGCUCUCAAGUGGGUAGUGCAAAGCAGAGAUACUGAGCUGGUUCGCCAUCCCACCUUUGAGCUUGUCUCUGAUACAGUUUGGGAGGGCCUCGCUCUUCGUGCGUUCGCGCUGGACCAUGGCAUUUUUCUUGGCUUUCUGAUCGUUUUUGCGACCGCCCAGUCCUUCUUGCAGCACACCAACAAGGGCAAUCCAGAAGCGGCAACGAGAACCACCAUCUUUGCAUGUCGUUUGAUCAUCUACCAGGGAAACAUCCCCCUGCUUUUGAUGCACAACUUCAUGCAGAUGCGAGCCAACUUUCGGGACGGAAAAACUGUGAAGUUUUGGCGUCUCAGAUACCCUAUGUACCUGCAGAAGGCCAACAACUUGUACAAAAUGGGACUUCUGAUUUGCCUCAGCUUGAUGUGCCUCUUGGAUCUGAUCCUUUGGUGCCUCAGUGCCGGUGACUUUCAGGGUGCAGGUCUGUUCACGCAGAAAUGUCCCCGUGCCUCAGGAUUAAGAGAUGUUUAUUCCGUGUUGUCCAUGCUCGCCAGCCUCUUCUACUGGCUGAUCCUCGGCAGUCUUUCGGGUCUGUCGAUGCGGGUCUCAGCAUACUGUUUGCUUUGUGGUCAGGUCAUUGGGGAGCUGGGCCUUUUCUUGGUCUCCAUGGCAUUUCUGAUCCUGAGCUUCGCAAGUUCCUUAAGUGCUUUAGAGCAUAGCAGCUGGGCCUUCUCUGGCCUUCCUAGGGCAGCGCUGUCCCUGUGGGAGCUCUCUUUGGGAAUGAUCUCUUCCAAACAACUUCAUUCGCUAGGAGACGAUUUCACCCUCUAUUUGGCCCUGAGCAUUUUCGUCACUUUGGUCUUGAUCUUCCUGCUCAGUCUUUUAGUGGCACAACUGAACCAGGCUUCUGACAGCCGCUAUGAUGAGAUGCUGGGAUUCGCUCGGCUGCACCGGUGCGAUUCAGUGGUGGCCCUAGUGGAGACGAUCAGCAAGAAGAAAUGGAACACUUUCCAAGAGAACCUGCAUCUCUGGGAGCGUUUGGAGUUCAAUGCCGGAGACGUUGGGAUAGCUGGUGGGCUUCAGGUCCUAGAGCCUGCCGUGAAUCAUCCCACAGCCUCCGAGACCAUUAAGCGCUAUGGUGGGACGUCAUCUGUUGAGAUGCCUUGGCCGGAGGAGAGGACAGGUGGAGAUGUUGACCCCUUUGAAGAGCUUGAAAGAGACAUGCUGGAUAUCAUUAGAGAUAGUUCCCGAUCCUCCAAGAGAGCAACCAGGUCCCACAAAUCCAAGACGUCCACCGUGAUCAGCGCGGCGCUCAGCCAAGCGCUGAGCUCAGUACGGGAAUCGGAUCCUGCGGAGAAGUGAUGGCUGUGGCACCAAAGUGUGCCCUGGAAAGUCUGCAGCUGGGAAGCUGCGGGAAGCUGAAGCUGAGUCUUUG